UAUAUAUAUAUAUAUGUAUGUAUGUAUUCUUGGAAAGAAAAGGUUCUAGAUAAUCCACACACAUUUUUCUUGUGUGAUCACAAAACAGGGGGUUUUAAGGAAAUAUUCAAGAAAUGGAGUCCUCAGAAGAAACAAAGCAAAACCCAUUGAAGAGAAGCUUUGAUUCCUUGAGUUCUCCCCCCCAGCCUGACAUUGAAGCCAUGGAUACAGAUAUUACAUUUAUACCCCGGGACUAUCAAUUGAAGAUGUAUGAAAUGGCAAUGAAGAGGAAUACAAUAGCUGUGUUAGAGACUGGGGGUGGGAAAACUAUGAUUGCAGUUAUGUUGAUUAAAGAAAUCGGUAAAUCUUUGAAGAUAAUCGACGGCCGCGGUAAAAAGCUGAUCGUUUUCUUGGCUCCGACCGUUCAUCUUGUGCAUCAGCAAUAUAAGGAGAUAAAAUCACAUACGGAGCUCAACGUGGAUGAAUACUACGGAGCUAAAGGAAUCGACGAUUGGAAUGAGAAGAUCUGGGAGAAGGAAAUCAACGAGCGUGAUGUUUUGGUGAUGACUCCUCAAAUACUAUUGGAUGCUUUGAGGAACGCGUACUUAAAUUUCGAAUUAAUUGCCUUUAUCGUCCUCGAUGAAUGCCAUCGUGCCUCUGGUAGCCAUCCUUACGCAAGAAUAAUGAAGGAGUUUUAUCACAAAUCUACUUCGAGACCCAAGAUUUUUGGUAUGACUGCUUCCCCUAUCAUUAGAAAAGGCGUCUCAUCCACGAAAGAAUCCAAGGAGCAGUUUGAGGAGCUUGAAAGCCUAUUGGAUUCCCAGAUUUAUAUAGUAGAGGACAGGAUCAAUCUCGAAGAAUACAUCCCCUCAGCGAAGCCAAUAUGCAGAUUUUACGACCCAGCCCAAAUUCCGUAUGUGGAGAUCAAAGCAAAAUUAGAAUGUUCUUGGUCGAAGUUUGAUGCUAUUUUGCUUGGCUUCCAAGAUUCACUGUCGAGUGGGUACAAAGACACGGACGAUAAAUUUAAGUCUCUGCGGAAUAGAUUGGCCAACGACCAUACGAAAAUUUUGUUCAGCCUUGAAAAUCUCGGACUUCUUUGUGCCUAUAAGGCUGUUAAAGUUUGUAUAGAGACGACUCCCGAGGUUCGAGAGGAAUGUGAGGUCUAUAAGGAAAGCGUAGUGCAAUAUAAAAAUUUUCUUCAGGAGGUUCUGUCAAUAAUCGAAGGAUCUGAGGAGCAUAAGAAACUUCUAAAUGUUGUAAAUGGUGGAGAAGAAGCAAUGACGACGGGCCAAAUAUCUCCAAAGCUACACGAGCUGCUUGAAAUUUUCCGAUCAUUUGGGAAUGAUAAAGAUGUUCUUUGUAUCAUAUUUGUCGAGCGAAUAAUGACUGCCAAAGUAAUCGAGAGAGUAAUGUGUAAAAUUACCGAUUUAUCCCAUUUUAACGUAUCGUAUUUGACCGGAAGUAACUCAUCAACUGGUGGACUUUCUCCGGAAGCACAGAAGAAGGUUCUGGAAUCAUUUCGUGCUGGCAAGGUCAAUCUUUUAUUUUCUACGGAUGUGGUUGAGGAGGGAAUUGAUGUGGCCAAAUGCUCGUGCGUGAUUCGAUUCGAUUUACCGAAAACUGUUCGUAGUUAUAUUCAAUCAAGGGGGCGAGCUCGGCACAAAGAUUCCGAGUACAUCAUCAUGCUUGAGAGAGGAAAUGCAAAGCAAAUAGAUGAUAUGUUCUACAUUACAAGGAGCGAAAAUUCCAUGACACAAACAGCCAUGAAUCGAAACCCCGACGAUUGCUCGAUAAAAGCUUGCAUCACAAAAGAAGAACACGUAUACGUUGUCGGGUCCACUGGUGCAUCAGUUACUGCAGAUUCAAGUGUCAGCCUUAUACACAGAUAUUGUCAAAAACUCCCCGGAGACAAGUACUUUACUCCGAAGCCGAAAUUUGUGGACUUGGUGGAUGGGGGCUUAUAUAGAUGUAGACUAAUCCUACCUCCAAACGCACCUUUUCAAACAAACAUUGGUCCUUUAGCUCAAAACCGUCAUAUAGCUAAACAACUCGUUUGUUUGGAUGCGUGUAAGAAAUUGCAUGAAAUGGGAGCUCUUAGUGAUAAUCUUCUUCCUAUUUGUGACGAGUCUUCGAAGAAGAAUACUUGUGAUAGCAAAGCUUUAACUUCCGGGGCAGGAACAACAAAGAGAAAGGAGUUGCAUGGUUCAAUCAAGAUCCAUUUGUUGUCCGGAAGUUUGGGAGAUAAACUUGACAGCACAUCAUUUCAUGCAUAUAAAAUGGACUUCUCGUGUAAUAUUGCCGAACAAAAAUACUCCAGUUUUGUACUUUUACUGGAUGCUAAGCUAGCUGAUGACGUGGGGAAUAUCGAAGUGGAACUAUAUUUGUUAACAAAGUUUGUUAAAGCUUCUGUUUCGUUUUGUGACCAAAUAUGUCUCGAUUCCAACCAGGUAUAGUCACUAAUCACACUCAAUAAUUAUUAUAUUUUUGGCCUCUGAUAUAUAUAUAUACAUGACAAUUUCCUCUCUCAACACUCGACAGAGGAAUCGUUGUGGGACCCGUCGAAUAUGUAUUUGCUGUUACCGCUCGAGUCGGAGGAUAUUCCUUUGAAGAUAAAUUGGACGGGAAUCGAGUCGUGUGUUUCGGCGGUGGAAUUUCUGAGAAUUAACGCUGUGUUGAAUUUUCAGAAACCUGAAAUUACCGACGGAAAUUCGUCGCCUGUUGCGAGUGAUCCUCCAAUUGCGACAAAAUUCAGUGACGAUAAUAAUGUAAUUCACUUGGCCAAUAUAUCUGCUUCUGUGGACAGUCUCAAGGAAAUGGUGGUCGUAGCAAUUCAUACUGGUCGAAUUUAUUCGAUUCUCGAUUCCGUUGCUAAUACCUCUGCUGAGAGCCCGUUCGAAGGGGAUUCCGAUACAAAUUAUUCGUCUUUUGCUGAUUAUUACCUCAAAAAGUAUUGCAUUGUCCUAAAGCAUCCAGAACAGCCUUUGUUGCUUCUAAAGCAAGGUCAUAAUUCACACAAUCUUCUUGUGGAUUUCAGAAACGAAGGUGUUCCAUUGGAAAACAAAUCGGGUGGGAAAAAAGUUGUGGAAAAGCCACAACAACAUGCUCACAUGCCACCGGAACUUUUAGUCGGCAUAAAUAUCAAUACCGAAAUAUUGAAAUCGUUCUAUUUGCUACCUUCUUUAAUGCACCGAAUCGAGUCUCUGAUGUUGGCCAGCCAGCUUAGGGAUGAAAUAUCACGUCAUGGAUGCAAUUUCAAUAUAUCAAGCUCGUUGAUUUUGGAAGCUUUAACUACUCUAAGAUGCAACGAAAGCUUCUCGAUGGAGAGAUUAGAAUUACUUGGGGAUUCAGUUUUGAAAUACGCAGUGAGCUGUCAUCUCUUUCUUAAAUAUCCAAAGAAGCACGAAGGACAGCUGUCGUCGAUCCGUUCGAAUAUAGUUUGCAACUCGGCUCUCCAUAAAUUGGGAACUAACCGCAGAUUGCAGGAAUACGUACGAGAUUGUGCAUUCGAUCCACGCCGAUGGGCAGCCCCAGGGCAGCGUACAAUAUGGCCUUCACCGUGCGAUCACGGCUUAGAAAUGACCGAAGUGCCCUUGGAUGAUAUCAAAUAUUACGGCGAAGACAAAAAACUAAUGCUCGGAAAGGCUUGCGAUUUAGGUCACCGGUGGAUGCUAUCGAAAACCAUUUCCGAUUGUGUUGAAUCUCUCAUAGGGGCGUACUAUGUGGGUGGUGGAUUAAAUGCGGCCCUUAGUUUGAUGAAGUGGCUCGGUGUAGAAGCUGAAAUCGAGCAUUCUUUGAUCGACGAAGCUAUAAAAGUCGCCUCUCUAUAUUGUUAUGCUCCGAAAGUCGAUGAAAUUGGUGUUAUCGAGUCGAAAAUUGGUUAUAAAUUCUGCACUAAAGGGUUAUUGUUGGAGGCGAUUACGCAUGCCACUGGACCUGAACAAGGUGUCGGUUAUUGUUACCAGAGGCUUGAAUUUCUUGGUGAUGCUGUGCUGGACGUACUAAUUACGUUGCAUCUUUACGAGAGUCAUAGAAAUGUUGAUCCCGGGGAGUUGACUGAUUUACGAUCCGCAUCGGUGAACAAUGACAGUUUUGCCCUUGCUGCUGUGAGAUGGAACCUUCACCCCCACCUUCUGCAUGGUUCGUUGCAUCUCGAUAAUCAAAUAUCGGCAUUCGUCAAGAUUGUAUCUGCUAUGACAAGCACCGCAUCAUUAGCUCCGGAAAUCAAAGCCCCUAAGGCACUGGGGGAUUUGGUGGAGAGCAUAACUGGGGCGGUGUUUAUUGAUUCGAAACUUGAUUUGGAGCAAGUUUGGAAAGUUAUGAAGCCGAUUUUAUCUCCGAUUGUGACUCCCGAUAAGCUCGAACUUCAGCCUUCGCGCGAAUUGAUCGAGUUAUGUGACUAUUUGGGUUAUUUUAUCAAAGAGAAUUUUAACGCAAAGGGAGAUUUAGUGCAAGUCGAACUUAAGUUGCAGCUCGAAGAUGCGCUCUUAAAUGGUCAAGGCUCUGGUCCUACUCGUAAAGCUGCUCGUGGAAUGGCCGCUCUUCGUAUAUUGAAGCAAUUAGAGAAAAGAGGUAUUACAUCUUCCAAGCGGAAAAAACACGAGACCGAUGAUGUGGACCCCACAUGGUCAAAAGAUGUUGAAACUUCCGAGUCAGCGCGGAAGAAGCAAAAGGUACAUGAGUUGCAGCAGCAGCAGCAGCCAGGUAUAAACCGAGAUUUAGUCAGCUCGGAAUCUACCGAAAUCCCAGUGGUGCCACCUAUUGAGAUGAAGAAAGGAGGACCUCGGCAAUCGCUUUACGAACUCUGCAAGAAACAACAAUGGCCAAUGCCUUCUUUCGAAACAAUGGAGCAAAAAUCCAGAACUCCGAUUCAGAUUGGUGAUGCGACGGGAUUUAAUAGUUUCGAAUCGCAAAUAUGUUUGACCAUACCGGAUUUUGGUAAGAUUGAACUCACUGGAGAGGCGAGAGCUGACAAGAAGAGCUCGUUCGAUUCUGCUGCACUUGUGAUGCUAUACGAACUUGUGAGACGGGGAAAACUCGUAAUAGGCCAAUGAAGAGAUUUUUUUUUUUUUUUUUUUUUUUUUUUAAUUUUGUUUGGUCUCUUUCUGAUUAGUUCAAUCUCUUAUGUUGAUAUUCACUUGAAUAUUGAGCUUCUUGCGCACAUGUGAUAUUCUUGACAAUAUUCUUGAUAAUUGAUAAUUGAUCUUCAUUU